CGUUAGCUGACCAUAUGGACGGAGACGGAGGUAGUGUGACCGGGGACGACGGUAGGACGGAGAGCCCGAACGAGGCUGCGCUUCUAGCGCUGAUGGAGACCACGGGAUACAGCAUGGUACAGGAGAACGGACAGAGGAAGUUCGGUGGCCCGCCUCCAGGUUGGGAUGGCCCUCCUCCCCCACGAGGGUGUGAGGUGUUUGUAGGUAAGAUCCCCAGGGACAUGUAUGAGGAUGAGUUGGUGCCCGUGUUUGAGAGAGCUGGGAGAAUCUAUGAGUUCAGACUGAUGAUGGAGUUUAGUGGAGAGAACCGGGGCUACGCUUUCGUCAUGUACACUACCAGAGAGGCAGCGCAGAGAUCCAUCCAUCUCCUAGACAACCAUGAGAUCAGACCAGGGAAGUUUAUAGGAGUGUGUGUCAGUCUGGACAACUGUAGAUUGUUCAUAGGGUCUAUACCCAAAGACAAGACGAAGGAGGAAAUACUAGUGGAGAUGAGGAAGGUGACCGAAGGAGUGGUCGACGUCAUAGUUUACCCCAGCGCUACAGACAAGACUAAGAACAGAGGGUUUGCCUUCGUUGAGUACGACUCUCACAAAGCAGCUGCCAUGGCACGGAGGAAACUAAUACCAGGUACGUUUCAGCUGUGGGGCCACACUAUCCAGGUGGACUGGGCCGAACCAGAGAAGGAUGUUGACGAGGAGACCAUGCUACGUGUCAGAGUGCUCUACGUCAGAAACCUGAUGAUGACGACUACUGAAGAGACACUGAGACAGGAGUUCUCUAGAUUCAAACCUGGCACUGUGGAGAGAGUCAAGAAAUUGACAGACUAUGCGUUUGUCCACUACCACUCCCGUGAGGACGCAGUGACGGCUUUACACCUGAUGAACGGAGCGCUGAUCGAUGGAGCCACGAUCGAGGUCACCCUCGCCAAGCCUGUCAGUAAAGAGGGCGGUCGGCGGUUCGGUAACCGUGGUUAUGUCGGUAACAGUAACCUUGUGGGUCCCUACGGCGAUGUGUCCUCCACCGGAAAUUUUCUCUUCCAGGGACGUGAGGAUGGAGGCAUGAUGGGAGGAGGAACAGGGGAUGUGGAGAGGUGUGUGUAUCCCAUCUUCGCUGGCUCCAGUCUCUCCCCCGCCAGCCUGCUGUCACUCAAACCAGGUCAGUUUAGUUCAGCGGUGACUCUGCUAGAGUACUACUGCUAUAAGAACAGCUGGGCUCUACCUGAGUACUACCUCUACUCUACACCGGGACAAGAUGGGAAGCUAAUGCUCAUAUACAAGGUCGUGAUCUCGUCGACGAGGAGUAGCUUCAUGCCAGACAAGGUGUGUACAGUGUUGGAGGACGCUAAGGAGCUGGCAGCCCAGAAUGCACUCUGGAACCUGGACUGUUCCUUCCUCAACGGUAGUUCCCCGGGUUCGCUCUCUCCUCCUCUUCCUCCCGUCUCCUACGGUUCUCUCUCUCCUCCUCCUGUCUCCAACAGCCCCGGUCUCCUCUCAUACGGCUGUACCAGAGCCUUCCCCUACCCUCUCUCUCCCACCACCCCACAGAGACUCUAUAUCCCCCCUAAUCAGAACCCUGCCUUCUUCUGAUCAUCCCUCCAUCAUCACUCGCUGUGUGAGAGGAGGGAACACCGGGAUGGCGGAGGGAGGUGGAGGUGAACAACAUCUACUAUGUGCCUAGUUUGUUACUGAGCCAUUUUACCUUUGUGUUGGAUGUUUGGUUGGUUUAGUUUUUUGGGUUGUUUGGUUUUCAAAAGACGGCCAUUCUGUAAUUCAUAUGUUAAGUUGACUCAGGAAAGGCUGCAUUCAUUCUGCUCACAGUGUUACUCUAUGCGGCAAAGGUACAUGCUAAGUGGGAUCCUCCGGACGUCUAACUCUGACGUCACCCCGUUUGAAGUUGACAUUUUAAAAUGGUUACGGUAAGGGUUAAGUUUAGGGUUAAGGUAAGGGUAGGGGUUAAGGUACGGGUAGGGGUUAAGGUACGGGUAGGGUUUUAGGGUAAGGUUGUCCCAAGGAUCCCAGAUAGCAUCUACCCAAACCCCAUAGGUAAGGUAAACUAGGGAAUUAUAGAUCAAACUGAAGAAAACUUAAUUUACUUUAGCGC